GGCAGUUUCUCCCAACUUGCGCAGUUGAGCCUUGAAUGAUUCAGGAUCCCGACGGUAAGAAGCAUUCGGACAGCGGCAUUUUUAUUUUUACCUAUCUCUAUUUCCUCUCCCGAUCUGCUUCGCCGCCUCACUGCGUCGAAAUCGCACAAUUUGCUAUCCCAGAUCUCAAGAUGGGCUCACCGCCCGUCCCCGAGGCCACGAGCGAUGACGAGGACGACUACAUGAACAUGACCUUCGAAGACACGGCGUCCUCCCAGAAGAACGAAACCCUGACACAGCGGAAAAAGCGUCUCGCCCGCGAGGCCGAGAUCAAAGGCCGACCCAAGUCCAAGGCUGAACUCGCGCAGGAAGAACGGAAGAAGCGGGACUCGGCGCUGAGCACGACCACACUGGAUACAAGCAACAAGGGAUUCAAGAUGAUGGCAGCGCUCGGCUACAAGCCCGGGAACGCCCUGGGCGCAUCCCGGCCCACUACCGAUGGGGGGAAAGAUGACCGUCUGCUCGAGCCGAUCGGCCUGGAAAUGCGAGACUCCCGGUCCGGGAUCGGGGCCGACGCGGAAAAGAAGCGCAAGUUUAGAGAGGAGGUGGAGGCGCAGCAAGAAGCAGACAAGAAGCGCAAGGUCGAGGCCGGCGAAUUCCGGGAAAGGCAGCAGAAAGAGCGCGAGGAGAAGAAAAUGGAAGGUCAAAUCUGGGCGGCGAUGAAGGUUUGCGAGAGGCUGGACGAGGAGGACGAGGCAGAGCAGUCCGCCGAUACCGCAGAACCACGGAGGUCGAAGCCGCUGAAGAGCGUGGAUGUCUUGUGGCGCACUCUCGUCAAACAGAGGGCCAUAAAUGAACGUGAUCGAAGGAUGAGGUAUGACCUCUAUCAGUCGCUGUCGAGGCGGCCUGAUUACAUUGAUCCGGAUGAAGAAAAAGAGGAUCAAAUGGCAAUGGGGAGGAAAGCGGAAGUGGAAGAGGUCGACGUCGAUCUCGACGAGGAAGACGAAGAGCUCAAUGAGUUCGAGGCCCUCGAGGUGCCGGAGAAGCUGGCAAAGCUCGUGGCAUAUCUUCGAGAGAGGUGGAACUAUUGCUUCUGGUGCAAAUACAGAUACCCAGACGAAAAGAUGGAAGGCUGCCCGGGCACGACGGAGAUAGAUCAUGACUGAGCAUAGGUGGCCCAGUGCUCAUGACAGAUGUAUAACCAAUUAAUAUCACUUCGUC